AUGGCCUUGCCACCUGCGCACCAAGGGUUUUUCUUCUGCAAAACACUCCACCAAGACACCUACCCCUUCAUUGACCCUAAGCAUGCAGAGGCCUCCCACAAAUCACACUCCGUCUUCGUCACUGGCGCUUCCAAAGGUAUCGGACGCAGCAUUUCCCUGGCCUUUGCACGCUCCGGUGUCCCCAAGAUUGCGAUAGGGGCUCGAUCAUCCCUUGACAGCCUCGAGUCUGAGAUCAUCCAAGCUGCUUUCGAGGCAGGCCACCCGGCGCCACUGGUUUUGAAGCUGCAAAUCGACAUUAUGCACAAGGAAAGUGUCAAGCGGGCAGCGCAAGAUGUCGAAAAAGCGUUCGGAGAUGAUGGUCUGGAUAUAUUAGUGAAUAAUGCGGGGUGGCUUGAGACCUUCACGCCGAUGAAGGAUAUUGAUGUGGAUGACUGGUGGCAUACGUGGGAGGUCAAUGUCAGAGGACUAUUCCUCGUGACCCACGCUUUCCUUCCGAUAGUGUUGAAAAGCAGAGAUAAAACGGUGAUCACUGUCAGUUCGGUGGGAGCGCAUGGAUUUGAACCGGGGGCCUCUGCUUAUCAAACGACGAAGCUCGCGACUCUUCGUCUCACUGAGUUCAUGAAUGUGGACCACGGGGACGAAGGGCUGCUGGCCUACGCCGUUCAUCCUGGAAUGAUAGGGACGGAGAUGGGUAAGCGUAUGCCUGAGCACCUACACUGGUUAUUGAAUGAUUCGACGGAGCUCCCGGGAGAUACGAUCGCAUUUUUGACGCGGGAGAGGAGGGAGUGGCUAAGGAGUCGAUAUAUCAGUGCAACCUGGGAUAUGGAGGAGCUUUUGGGAAGAGAGGCAGAGAUUGUGGAAGAAGACAAGUUGAAGGUCAGGAUGAUAAUUUAG